AACACCGCGCGGAUGUCGCAAAGGAUAGACAUGUUCUGCGUUAAGUCUUGAUCUCUCCGCUGAGACUUGGGGCAGAUUUGAAGCUCAUAAUUGGCCUUUCAAUCAUGCGCUGACCCGUGUGGCAUUCUGGAGUGGCGCUUGAACGGAAAAUAUGAACUAAUGAGUCUUCGUGUGUGUUAUUUUUUCAUCGUGUGUUGACUCGCGUUGGUGAAUUAUUUAUAUUGUUUUUUUUAUAUAAGUGAAGGUGACUCGUGGUGUUAUUAUCACCGUGGGGGCGACGGCGCCUGUGAUGUGGAUUGAUAUCGUAAUAGCUUAUUGGAUUCGACUCCUCAUAAUAGAUUCUCAGAUCGCCGCGAGCAGCCUUCAAGGUCCUCGCAAGGAAACCUCAACUCUUCUCCGGUAGGGAUCUAGGGAGGGAAGGAUGGAGAUCCUGACACUGACCGGCGGGCGGUCCCUGCACGAGGAGGCGCCUAUGGACUUGAGCACGAGCACGAGCCGCCUACGUCACCACCCGCUGCCCAUCAUGCUCAGUCACCGCGCCCCCUGGACGAGCCUCGGGGCGGAGCGAAGCCCGAAGUACUUCAUCGAGCCUCUGCCGAAGCUCCCUCAGGAGCCCGUCGCCGCCAGGUCCCCGCCCUCGUCCUCCUCGAUGAGCCACUGCAUCCCGAUCCCGAAGAAGAGGCACUGCCUGGCCCGCGCGUCGCCCCCGCCCGCCGCCUCGCCCGCCGCGCUCCGGUUCUCGCCGCCCUCGCUCGCCCACUACAGUUCGCUCCCCAGCUCGCCGGAGGUCGCGCGCAAGAGAGCCAGGCUCGAGUCUCCCGAGCCGUCGGACGCACGUCGCGACGCGAGGCCCUUCCGUCGCGAGGAGGUCGCCGCCGGAGCCAUCAGCAGCAGCAGCGGCGGGAUGCGGGGCGCGGGGGCGGGGCCGGCCAGGAGUCAUGGUGACGUAGGAGCGACCGGCGAAGGCAUAAGCCAGUCCGCCAUGUGGCCGCAGCAGAGCCGCCAGCUCCCCGCGGACGUCGGCGGAGGCUCCCCGACAGGCGGGAGUCCCCUGGGCGAGGAGAGGCUGGAGGAGCCCAACCAGGUCCUCCUCAGCACCCUCAUGCAGCUCCAGAACGCCCAGUUCUCCUCGGGCCUCGGGCACCCUCCUGCGCCGGCCCUGAAGGACACGGACGCCCUCCUGUCGGCCAUCCACCAGUCGCAGAUGCUCUACUAUUCCUACUGCUCCCAGCUCAUACAGACCCUCAGGACCAAGCAGGCGCAGCAGGAGCAGCAGCAGCAGAAGAAGCGACACGAGGAGCGGCAGACGCGCCUAGAACACGAAGCCGCGGCGCUGAAGAGACAGUCGUCGACGUCGUCCUCGUCCCACGAUGACUUCCAGACCCACGUGGAGGACUGUGAGGACGCAGACGAAGGCGACGAGUACCUGGAUGUCACUGACGAAGACCACGUCGAGGACAUCAACUCCAUCCUUCGCACGAGACUCAAUACGCAGGAAGCGCUGACGCCGUUCGACCGCCAGUCCUCGUGCGCGGGAUCCCCCAGCAGCGCCCUGCCCUCCAGCACGACCGGCUUCGACGACCCGGAGGACCUUUCUCCCUCCGACGGCGCAGGAGGCGCCCGGAAGCGCGCCCCUCGCGCCCUCACCGGCAAGCACGUCCGGCCGGGCACCGGGGCGUCGGCCACCACCCUCCUCACCCUCCGGCAGAAGCUAGAGGAGCGGCAGAAGUUCCGCGAUGUGCACGGCGCCGCCCCGACGCCCCAGCCGCCGCCCAGGAGCAAGGCGCGCCCCAAGAAGAAGUGAGGCGGCGGCGGGGAGGCGCUGUUGCCGCGGCAGAUGUUGGGCGCGACCUUGCGGGCCGGAAGGCUUCGAGGGGCGUGUCGGUGCUCAAGGGUUUUUUGCCAAAGACGACGAUGGAAGCGCGCGGGAGACAUUGGCCGUGAUUAUGGACGCAGAAGAAGUGGAAGGGAAAGAGGAAUCCAUAGCGUGGACAGCGGGAAGCCCGAGGCUGGUUGUUUCUUACUGGGAAAAAUACUAUCGGAAAAAAUAUAUAUAUCUUUAAGUUACCUUUCACUAUGCAAGAGCUUGUGACGAAAAGAUGAGACAUUGCAGAUAUUGCAAAACAAUGCCUUCAAUUCUUGUCAAGGUAGGUCUCCUGAGGUCAUCCCUGACCUUUCCCAGUUCAAGUCUGGAAUGCAUACUUGACUGUAACUUGCAAGAAAAUACCCAACGAAUGGUGACUCAGCAGUGUUAUUUCAGUCAACACCGAGGGAUAAUAUCACAGUGAUACAAAAAUAGUGGACUUUUAAGACCAAAGAGAAAGAAAAUGUUACAUCAUCCUACGUAGCGUACUCGCGUUUACAAUUUUAGUGUCGAAUAAUAGAAGAUGACAUAACGAUUAAUUGGAUAAGAUGCGAUAUAAGAAAGAUAUUCUUCCCGCCCUGAAAAGAUGGCGAUUCAAGGAGGAAGAAGUUGCCAGAUCGUAAUUAAUGAUCCGAUUAAAAAACGUAAACUGAAUACUUCUGUUCUCGAAAUAUCCUUGUACCAAAAACGAAAAAAAACUGUUCUUACAUUCUUAUUAUAGUAUUUAAAAAAAAAGUAUUUCAGUGGAAAAAAGAGGGAAUUUUCACACGCCUAUUUCCUUGGUUUUAGAAACAGACUGAUGUAGAUUCCAUUAAAAGUGCUUUGGUGUUCAGAAAAUUGCAUUGCUAAAUAAAAAACUAAUUUGGAAAUCAUGUAAAGGUUUCUUGCACUAAAAACGAGGCUACAGCAAAACAUAUCAUUUACAUUUAAGUAUAAUUUCCUUGGACUAUGUUGCCUGAAAAAAAAAAUAUAUAUAUCAUAACGAGGGUUAUCAUUACAUUCCAGAAUUCAUUGUCAUUCCUAGUAGAUUUAUGAAUAUUUUUACCGACGUAUUUUUACCCAAAAGAAUGUGAAGAUGAAAUGAAAAUUAUGUUAACCAGUGAGGAAUAUAAAAGUAGUAUUUAUCCUUCUCAGAAUAGAAGAAAUAUACAAGAGAAAAUAGAGAAAAAGAAAAGAUUAAUGGUCAUUGGCAACCGAGCUUCGUCUCGGGAGUGAAGACGACGAGCCUAAAGGUUUUACGAUACGAUUUUAUCUCUCCCAUAUAUAUGACAUUUCCCUUUGAAACUCUUUGUGUUGUUUUCCACCUAGAAAUAAUCAUGUCGGGCAUUGUCUUGUGUUCUUUUGGCUUUAAUUUUUAUCCAAUGUUUUGUAAAUACCAGUGUCGCUCAGAUUUAGGUUUAGACAUGUAUCUCCUUUGUAAAUAUUUCAUGUAGGAAUCAUGUAUAACAAAUUACUGAAUUAUCUUUCAUGCAUCGUUUGGAAUGCUACUAGGCUUCCAUUUUUUUGCAAUAAUAAUGACAAUAAUGGUAAUGAUAAUGUUGAUAUUGAUAAUUCAGAUCUCUCAACUAAGCAGAUUAUUGCUGUGUCAUCAAACAUUUUUUAUUACCCAAGUCUAUUUCCUAUUCUUAUAUAUUUCCAUUGUUUUCUCUUUCUCAUGAUCUCUCUCUCUCUCUCUCU